AUGAGUCUUAAAGAUAAGGAUGUAAAAAGGCUGGUCACGUUGGACCUCCUUCAGAUGGUGGGUCUGGUGCCAUGUGAGCAGAAUCUGGUGGUGGAAAGUACCACCGGGGAGAACGACACACUCGAUCAGUCUAAUGAAGGCACGGAGCUAUUGACUGAUCGGCCCUCUCCUGGGCCUUCUCCGCUUUCUCGCAGACCUGGCGACUUAGUCAUUAGAGAACCCACACCUCAGCACAGAUCUACUGUUUCCGCUCAGCCUGGGAAAGGAAAGGCUAUCGAGGUUGAGAGGGAACUUAGCUCAUCUUCGGACGACGAGGAUGAGUUCCUCGACCAGAUCCUCAAUGCAGAUCCAGAGAUGUUUAGGCAUUUCAACGCCCCUCCUGCCCCAAAGAGGAAAUCCGGGGAAGGAAGUGGCUCCACCCCUCCGAGCAAAGUCCCAAGGACCACUCCGCCCAGCCAAGGGAGGCAACCCAAUGAGUCGACCAAAAUCCCGCAGCUGACUCCUUCCUCGCUUCCUCCCUCUACGAGCCUAACUCCUACUCGCUUGACUGGCUCGAGUGAGGUCCUUCGCACCGCUGGUGGCCUCGGAAAGGAGCUGCUUAACGAGACUAUCCAUGAUACUUCAAUGCUUCAAAGCUUUGAAUCCUUUCCUCGGCUUAGCGUUGAAGUCAUCUUAAGAAGAGAGCUUGCUCAGUUGAUGAAUUCGCUUGUCGCCAUCAGUCACGCUCAGCUCCAAGCAGUUGAUUAUAAGGAGUUGAUCAAGGUCCUAAAUGAUCAACUAGUGGAUGCCCAAGCUAGAGUGGAGACUCUAACUGCUUCGGAGAAAGACCUCAAAUCCAAGCUAGAGCAGGCAGAGAGGAUCGUGGCUGAGCGGGAUGAGUCUCUUAGGAGACUGUCUGAUGAGAAUCAACAACAAAUUCAAACCAACAAGUCACUGACCGAUCAGCUGGAGAAACUGACUCGUGAGAACGAGGAAUUGACCCGCGAGAAUGAGGAGCUAAGGCGGGAGAAGGAAGCUGAUCUUGCUCGCUACGAGGAAAUCUGA